AUGCCUGGGCGCAGAGACAUGGAGCCGCCCGCCGCUUUCUCGGGCUUCCCGGCCCCGCCCUCGGUCGCGCCGUCGGGGCCGCCGCCGUCGUCGCCGCUUGCCGGAGCCGAGCCCGGGCCGGAUCCCGAGGAGGCGGCCGCCGGCCGCGGGGAGCCGGAACCUGCGCCGGCACCGGGCCCGGGCCGCCGCCGGCGGCGGCCCUUGCAGCGAGGGAAGCCGCCCUACUCGUACAUUGCGCUCAUCGCCAUGGCGCUGGCUCACGCCCCGGGCCGCCGCCUCACGCUAGCCGCCAUCUACCGUUUCAUCACCGAGCGCUUCGCCUUCUACCGCGACAGCCCGCGCAAGUGGCAGAACAGCAUCCGCCACAACCUCACGCUCAACGACUGCUUCGUCAAGGUGCCCCGCGAGCCGGGCAACCCGGGCAAGGGCAACUACUGGACGCUCGACCCGGCGGCCGCCGACAUGUUCGACAACGGCAGCUUCUUGCGGCGCCGAAAGCGCUUCAAGCGCGCCGAGAUGCCCGCGCUCCCUGCCGCGCCGCCCGCGCCCGCCGCCGGCCCGCCGCCUUUCCCCUACGCGCCCUACGCGCCCGGCCCCGCGCUGCUCGCGCCGCCUCCUCCCGCCGCUCCGGGCUCCACGCCACCCGCGCGCCUCUUCAGCGUCGACAGCCUGGUGAGCCUGCCACCCGAGCUGGCGGGGCUGGGCGCCCCCGAGCCGCCCUGCUGCGCUGCGCCCGACGCCGCCUUCCCGCCCUGCGCGGCAGCCGCCUCCCCGCCUCUCUACUCGCCGCCGCCCGACCGCCUGGGGUUGCCCCCGACGCGUCCUGGCCCCGGACCGCUGCCCGCGGAGCCGCUGCUGGCCUUGGCAGGGCCGGCGGCUGCACUCGGCCCGCUCGGCCCGGGGGAGGCCUACCUGCGGCCGCCGGGCUACGCGCCGGGGCUGGAGCGCUACCUGUGA